AUGACGAAGAAAUCUGAAUUCAAGAAGAGCGAGCUUUUGCAGGUAUUGGCGUCUAGCACAGCUUCACUUAAGGAUAAGAACAAGGCUGUCAAGCUACUCAAAAAGUUCGAUCCAAACCCGAAGAAACACCUAGACUCAUCCUUCCAGACAAGCCAAGCCACUGUGGCCAAGUACCCGUCACUGCAAUCGUUCUUGUGCUGGAGAUGCGACAAGAUUAAACAAACCAUGACGAAGGUUAAAUGGGAAUCAAAGGAAGGUUUGAAAAUCAUUUGCACUACUUGCUACACAAACCUCGCUCAAUAUCUGGAAGUAGCAAAAGUCAGAAGAUUGAACAACAAAUUCUGA